AUGAGCCGCGACCGCCAGUGGUACAAAGCGCGCUGCGGCUUUGAAGAGAUGGAGCUGCCGCGAGCUGUCGCGUUCGGCGCCCAUGUUAUUGCCACCAAGGCCCCACUCGUCGUACUCGAUACGCUCGACGACGAGCGAUUCCGAGAGAAUCCGAUCGUGACCGGCCCGGCCAAGGUGCGCUUCUACGCCGGUGCGCCGAUUUUAACGCCGAGCGGCCAUGCGAUUGGGACGGUGUUUGUCUUGGACACGGAGCCGCGCGCCACGUGCAACAUUGAGCCCCUGAAGCAGCUCGCUGCCGUCGCGAUGGCCAACAUUGAGCGUCACAAGUCAAUCGGCCGUUCUACUUGA